UUAAUAUUGAUAAGGGUUAACUUCCUUUUCUGGUUGUUCCUUUCUUUCUGCAGAGGGAAAACCGCAGGCUCCAAGAAGCAAGCAUGCGGCUGGAGCAGGAGAACGAUGACCUUGCCCAUGAGCUUGUAACAAGCAAAAUUGCCUUACGGAAUGAUCUGGACCAGGCUGAAGACAAAGCGGAUGUUUUGAACAAGGAACUUCUCCUGACCAAACAGAAGCUAGUGGAGACUGAGGAAGAGAAACGGAAGCAGGAAGAGGAAACUGCUCAGCUGAAGGAAGUCUUCAGGAAGCAGCUAGAGAAGGCAGAAUCUGAGAUCAAGAAAACCACAGCCAUUAUUGCAGAGUAUAAACAGAUUUGUUCCCAGCUGAGUACCAGGCUGGAAAAACAACAAGCGGCCAGUAAAGAUGAACUGGAGGUUGUGAAGGGUAAAGUGAUGGCCUGCAAACACUGCAGUGAGAUUUUCAGUAAGGAGGGGGCACUGAAGCUGCCUGCUGUAAGCACGGAGAAUAAAGGCAUAGAAACAGACGAUGAGAAGGAUGCACUGAAGAAGCAGCUGAGAGAGAUGGAGCUGGAACUUGCACAGACCAAACUGCAGCUUGUGGAAGCCAAGUGCAAAAUUCAGGAGCUGGAGCACCAGAGAGGAGCCCUUAUGAAUGAAAUCCAAGCUGCCAAAAACUCUUGGUUUAGCAAAACCCUGAACUCUAUCAAAACGGCCACAGGCACGCAGCCACCGCAGCAGCCUCAGCCGCCCCUGCCGCCCAAAGAGGGCAGUACAUAGUUGCAGCCAGACCCGAUACAAGAGCACAAAGAACAACACAACUGAAACCCUGGAGGAUUCUUCCAGUGGUCUCUCCUCUUGGGGAAAGGACAAAAGGCAGGAGUGCAGGCUUGAAGUGAAAUUCUUCGGUGUUUUUCAUUCAUUCUGAUGUGACCCUUUUCAAAGGGGGAAAAAAAUAAUUCCUGUUUUAUGUUGAAUUCUUACUUCCCAAACUGCCUUGCUGAAAGCCAAGUUCUGAUACCUUCAUACUUUUACACUUUAUUUUAUAUGACUAGAUGUUAAAUAAAUACUUCAAAACUAGGUCUUUAAUACAUGACUAUUCAAAAUUAUUUUUAUCUUGCAUAGAAGGUUCUUCUGGA